UUGCGCAUCUGUUCUUGUCAAGCACGGAAACAUGUUUGUUUUCAGUCAGGCUGAGAUAGUGGCUGGGAGUAGAUGGAAGGCAUGUCAGUUCAGUUUGUAUACAGUUUGGGUCGUACAGUGUAGUUAAUAACGUACCACUUGUGUUCAACACUCAUAUUCCGCUAUAAGAUUAUAAUCAAAUGACUGAAAAAGUAAAUGUAUAGUAUGACCUAAAACUGUUUUCAAGAAAAUGUACCCCCAGCAAAUGUAAUUUCAAAUUCCACCAUACAGCUAACAAAAAGUAAGGACUUUGAAAUGGGUGAUGUGGAAGAAGUCCAGGAACGUAGAGACGUCCUGAUUGAAAGAAAUCCCUCUGUUGAAGAAUCAGAACAUCAGAAAACAGCACCAAUUCAGAUACCAAGAGUUUCAGCUCGUGUAAUCACAGGUGCAGCAAAUCAGCAAAACCAGGGUGCAAUUCAUUGGGGCAGUCAUGGUCUGUUGGCAUAUGGCUCAAACUACACUGUUGUUAUUAUUGACACAAAAAAUGUCCAGCCAAUACAGUGCCUCGAUAAACAUAAAGCAAUGGUGAAUAAGGUCUUGUGGGAGAAUGUGUCUCACAAUAGACACCUUACCGAGCAAGUGACUCUUAAUUUGAUUUCUUCAGAUACAACAGGGCAUAUUAUUGUGUGGGAUGUUGCUGCUGGAAUUCCAUCUGCUAUAUUACAGGAUGGCAGCAAACCAAUCCUAGAUAUGUCAUGGGUAUCAGCUUAUGACCAUGGGAACACCAUGUUAGCUGCUCUUCAUCCCCCUUAUUCUCUUAUUAUAUGGGACAUAAGAAACAAGACAAAGCUGUGGAAGAAGACAUAUACAGAAAAUCUCGUGAGCUUCUCAUUUGAUCCAUUUAAUGCAAUGAAGGUGGCAUUUGCCUGCUCUGAUUGUAUAUUAUUUGUUGAUGACUUCACACUUGACAAAAUUCCAUCGUCAAAUGGCCGAAAGUUCUACAUUUCAAGUCCUCGAUCAGCACAGUCCACAAAUACAAGCAAGAGUAGCUCAUCAAAUGUAUCAUCAUCUGGGGUUGAAGAGAAACAACGUACCCGAGACAGACUGAGGAAACUUAUGAAGGAGCUUGUUGUUGGUGAAAACAAGCCACGGCCUGAUGAUUAUAUGACCGUAAGUGAAUGCUUGCAGCUGCAGUACCAUCAGUCAUUACGACACCAUUUGCUGCUAUUAUAUGCACGAGAAAUUCUUAUGCUAGACCUGCACAUUAAUCAGACAGUGGGCAUUAUCCCCCUGGAGAAAACAGCUUCUCCUCUGGUGCAGGUUAUAUCAGCUCGUCAGAGAGAUAUACUAUAUUGUCUGCAUGAAUCUGGAAGCGUCAGCGUGAAAUUUAGACGCCGUCAAGUCUCGUGUGCUGCAUCUCCACUGGAUGCUGCUCCUGGUAGCAUUAGCAGCAUUGAUACUGGAGCUUUGGCAUCUGAUCCAUUCUUAGAAAUGUUUUAUGAACAGCGUUGUCAAAGUGAAGUCAUAAGGCAUUCGAAAGGAUCAAAAAUUCUUGGUAUGGCGAUAAGCCCAGUUUGUGAAAGAAGAAUUGCACUGUUCAUCAGCACUGGCAAAGUGGUGUUAUUGGAAAUGCAAGUAGCUGCAGGGGAAAUUGCAUUUCCAUUGAAUACCAGCCCAGGAGAACAAAUGAGAAGAUCCAAACUCUACCCUCGUCAGGAGACACUAGAGGAACUUGUUGGACCUCUUUUAAAUGACUCUGUAGCAGCAGCUCCACCAUUGCGAAUUGUUGCUGUUGGUCUGUUGCCUUCACUUACCUCUCCUGUGACAUCUCUCCGCAUGUGUCCUCCACUGACUACAAGAAACUGGCAGAAAUAUCAGCCUUUACUUGCUGUGGGUACUGCUGGAGGACUGGUACAAGUGCUGAAUGCUGCAACAGGGACUGUGGACAAAGAACUUGCUUUACAUACUUGUCCUGUCAGGGGUAUAGAAUGGACAAACUUAACAAGCUUUUUGACAUACGCAUAUACCACUCCAAGUGGGUCAUCCAAUACUGUACGCAAUGAGCUUUUCCUUACAGACACACUGACAGGAAACUCCAUUUCACUUCGGAAUGAUAAAGGAAGUACAGAAACACCAAUAGACAUUGUUAAAGUAUCUCCACUAAAGCAGUACUUCAUCGUGAUUCUGAAAGAUGGUCCAUUUGAACUGUGGGACUUAAGAAAUCUAUGCAUGCUUCGCACAAUGCCAAAGAAAUUUCCAACUGUAACUGCUUUGGAGUGGUCACCUGUUCACAACCUGAAGUCGUUAAAAAAGAAAUUAGCACAUAUUGAAGAAAAAGAGCAAACUGAACCUACAAAUUUAGCAAGUGGUCCAGAUCGUGGUGAAACUUCUGACAAACAACUGGUAGCAAGAGAACAUUUUGUCUUCAGUGAUUCUGACAGCCAGCUGUACCAUUUUUCUGUGGAAGGCAAUGGUGUCAGAGAUGGGAUUAAAAUACCUCCUGAGGCAGGUGUUGGAGCAGUAACUUGCAUUGCAUUCAAGAAUGAACAAAUAGUACAAGGGGACAUGGAAGGUAUGUUAAACAUUUGGGAUCUGAAAGCACGAACAUCCAAAAAUAUUCAUACAGGACGUGGUGGAAUUAAGAAGAUGCGAUUUGCACCAGGAAAAGGGAAUUUGAAGCUACUUAUUCUAUAUGCUGAUGGAGUGGACAUUGUUGACUUAAAAAAGCACUAUGAGCGUAUUUCACAAUUAAAAUGUCCAAAAGACAUGGUAAAAAUUGUUGACAUUGACUGGGCAGCAUCUGACAAGCCUGUAUUAGCUACACAAGAUGGAUGUUUGCGUGUAAUGGACAUGACAUUGACAUCUAGUUCAUCGCCUCUUAUUGAUUAUGAAUUUGAAGAGUGCGUGUAUUGUCUCUCUCUGCUUCCAAUACGGGUGGCAUACAAUCUGAAGCUGCUGCUUGCUUCACAGUUCUGGAAAGAAUACAAUUUCGAGUUCACCUCAGAGGAUGGCUUUAAAGAACAGGAAUUAGCAAAUGUUUUUGAACAACUGAGUAUGGUGGAUAUGCAAAGGCUAGAAUAUAUGAAGCGCUGUCCUCUUGGAACAGCUGAACGUUGCUUGAUGGUAGCUCAGUUGUUUGGAGAUCUUGCGGAAGUUGACUUUUGGACUGUAGCGCUUUAUUAUCUCCAAGUAACCAAAGUUGAGAUGAAGCAUGGUAAAACUGGAGACGUGGAGCAACAUGCUUCUGGUGAUAUGACUGCUGGUUCAGGCUCGCCAACAUCCAUGGAUACUAAACGCAUCAAUAGAUAUCCUCAUAUACAGCCCCUUGAUUCAUAUUAUGAUGUUUUAUGUGAACCGUACACAUACCAGAAACUACAGUUGGAAAGAGUAACAUUGCAUGAGAGCAAAAGAGGUGACUAUAUUCAUACAAAGAAAGUUAUAGAACAGCUGAUUCUCCUGGGAGAAAUGGAUAGGGCAGUACAGUUGUUACUUGAAACUGAUCUUGAUAAUGUGAACUACUACACAGAUGCAAUAAAGGCCUGCCUUGUUUCUACAAUACAGUCAACAGGAGCAGCACAAAGCACUAUAAAACUAGUGGCCACUAAUCUGAUUGCCAAUGGAAAUAUUGGUGAAGGCAUACAAUUACUGUGCCUCAUUGGUAAAGGCCUGGAUGCUUGCCGUUACCUGCUCUCAUACAGUAUGUGGGAGCAAGCUGUAUGGUUGGCCAAAGCCAUAUUACCACAGCAGGAGAUGCAGGAGAUUUUCCGCAAGUGGGCAGAUCAUCUUUGGACUUCAGCACAGAAGAAUAAAGCACUGUUGGUGUAUCUGUCACUGGGAGAAUUUCCACGUGUUGUGGAGCUGCUUCUAACCUUGCACAGACCAGUUCAAGCUGCUCUACUCUUGUGUGCUUGCAGAGACUUUGGAGUACCAUUGCCCUCUGAGUCUGUAAUUACAGCAGUACAGCUGGACUUCUCAAGAGUACUUUUCUCACUGGGAAAUAACAAAGCAGCCUUUGAUAUCAGCAGAAAAGCAGGUUCUGCUGGAGAAGCACUAUGCAAAGAAUUUGAAAUAUUACUGUCAUAGAUACAUGAAAGUGAAAUGUUACAAUUUGAAUGUAUAUAGACUUGUAUUUAAUGUACAUGUGGUAAACAGAAAUAAUAAAGUCUAGUAAGCAGUGUAA